AUGGAAGCAGCCGCGCUAUCAAACUACCAGCUCGGCGACCUGCUGGGCCGCGGCGCGAGCGGCAAUGUGUACCGCGCGCUCAACUUCCUCACGGGCGAGACGGUGGCCAUCAAGAGCAUCUCGCUGCUGUCGCUCCCGCCGUCGUCGCUCCCAGACAUCAUGUCCGAGAUUGACCUGCUCAAGAACCUCAACCACCCCAACGUGGUAAAGUACAAGGGAUUCACGCAGGACAAGGAGAGCCUGUUCAUCGUGCUCGAGUACUGUGAGAACGGGAGCUUGCAGACCAUCCUCAAGAAGUUUGGCAAGUUCCCCGAGAGCCUGGUCGGCGUCUACAUCUGCCAGGUGCUCGAGGGCCUGACGUACCUCCACGACCAGGGUGUUAUCCACCGGGAUAUCAAGGGCGCCAACAUCUUGACGAACAAGGACGGCAGUGUCAAGCUCGCCGACUUUGGCGUGAGCAGCCGCGCGCCGACGCCAGACCUCGCGGCCGUGGCCAAGGUGGACGCGGAUAACGAGGUCGUCGGCUCGCCGUACUGGAUGGCACCAGAGGUCAUUGAGCAGUCAGGCGCCACGACGGCAAGCGAUAUCUGGAGCGUGGGGUGCGUCGUCGUCGAGCUCUUGGAGGGUAAACCGCCCUACGGAGACCUCGCGCCAAUGCAAGCCCUGUGGCGUAUCGUCCAGGACGAGUCGAUGCGGAUACCCGACGGCGCGAGCCCGAUGGUCAAGGACUUUCUGUAUCACUGUUUCCAGAAGGACGCGCAUCUGCGUAUCAGCGCAAAGAAGCUUCUCCGGCAUGCGUGGAUGCAGCAGGCGCGCAAGCACCUCAGCAGCGCAGCGUCGCCUGGUACCCUGCCGCGGUCUAAACCGUCGUCGUCGUCGUCGAGCAGGAGUGCUGCGCCGCCAACGAACGGCGCGAGGAAAGAUGGACACAGUAGGACAGGCAGCAUGACGCAGCCGCAGCCGACUGUCACUGGCGUGCCAAAGGAGCCGGCGAGCUUGUCCAAGUCGCGCAAGCCCCUGACUGUGUACGAUGAGCAGGUGCAGCGUGUGCAGGAGUGGAACGAAGCACUGGCUGCCUCGCCCAAGGCCUUCGCGUCCGCCGCGUCGGGCACGAUGCGCCGUAUCCCCGCACUGCCCAACACGAAGAAGGCUGCAUCUGAGCGCCGGCGCGCCGACGCGGCCGCCAUGCCUCCGCCUGCUAUCGCAUCGUCGUCGCACCCCGGACACGCGCCAGGUCUGCUGCAGAAGAACCAGCACGUGAGCGACGUGCUGAGCCGCGCGCGCGAGAGCGUCGAGCAGGAGAGAUGGGACGACGACUUUGCCUCGGACAUUUCGUUGCCCAAGCUCAGCUUACGGAAACCGCCAGACGUACCCUCCGAGGAACCGCACGAGCCAAACCAGGAGACGGUGCGCCAGCUUCUGCCCAAGGAUGCCAAGUCGCGCGCGGCGGACAAGCCGCCACCGCUGCCCCCGAAAGACAGGUCCAAGAACAAGGUUGAGGACUACUCGCUCGAUCUGGGCUUUGGCGACGAUGAGCUGCAGAUCAAGCUGUCCAAUAUCAAGUCCCAGGACAAGGGUCGCACCCGCAUCAUGCACCCGCGCGACCUGUCCAAGAUGGGCAGCCUGAGCAGCGUGCCGAAGGAGAUGGGUGGCUUGCCGCCUGGCGAGCGCACCGCCGAGCAGAGACACUCGGCGCCGUCAUACGGCCAGUUACAGUCCAAGGGUGGUGCGCCGUCCAGACCGCUCAGUAUGGCCGCGCCGCCGUCGCCAGUGAUCCUCCAGUCGCCUAACCCUGGGUCGAGCAGGACCCCACCCACGUCGAGGUCCAGCUCGCUCCGCGGGAGGAAGGAGGCGUCGGAGAGUAACCUCGAGCUGCAAAAGUACACCGAGACGGACGACGAGGACUACUCGGACAUGUUUGACGGUCCACUCGGCCAGAUCAUUGAUCCUACCAGCACCAUGCAGUCGCUGCAGCUCACGCGCCGGUCCAACCGCUCGUGGCACGACGACGACGAUGACGACGACGCGGACCCGUUUGCGGAGAUCGAAGACGACUUUGACACGGCAGACGACCUUGAAGCCAACCUCCUCCGUGACAAGCGCGCGACCCUGUGUGCAAACGUUACCAAACUGGUCGACCAGCUCGAGGGAGGAAGCAACGAUAUGGCCGCGCUCCGAAAGGUGUGCGAUGAGCUCCUCGGCCUGUUUGAGAGCGCAGGGGACAUGGGCCUCGAGACGCACUUUGUGUCCAUCCACGGCCUCCUUGCCGUCAUAGAAGUACUAGAGGGGCGCCUGAGCCGCGACGUCGCGCUCCGGCUGCUCAAGAUUGUCAACUUUAUUGUAGCCUUUGAUGUCGACCAUCUCGAGUCGUUCUGCCUUGUUGGCGGAAUCCCCGUCGUUAUCCAAUUCACUAGCAAGAAACACCUCGCAGAGGCGCGCCUCGAGGCAUCCCUCUUCAUCCAGCACCUCACCCGCUCGGCUCUCACGCUGCAAAUGUUCAUCUCGUGUCGAGGCCUCAGACACCUCGUCGACCUCCUCGACGAGGACUACUCGGAGAGCAAGACGCUCAUUCUGUCGGCGCUCGAGGGAAUUGGCAGCGUCUUCGACCUUCAGUCACCUACGCCCAAGCCAGACUUCUGCCGCAUGUUCACGCGUGAACAUAUUCUUGACCCGCUCUCCAUUGCCCUGCUUGCGCUCAUCAAGGACCCCGACGUGGACGAGGAGGUGCUCAAGCGUGCUGUAGACGUGCUCCUCCUCUUCUGCCAGGUUGCCCAGGCCGAUGUGCACGUCCGUGAUGCGUUUGCCACGCGCACGAUCAUGAUGCGCUUGCUCAAAGCCCUCGAUCUCCUCCCCCGCAAGCUCCUCGUCACGGCCAUCAAAGCCAUCAAGCACCUUUCGACGAGCCCCCAGCUCAUCGAGGUGCUGCAGAACUCGAAUGCCAUGGAGGUGCUGGUCGAGCUGCUGAGCAAGUCGCUCAAAGGAUCGUACAGCAACGAGAUUUCGUCGCACAUCUUCCAGACAAUCUACUCGAUGUGUCGACUCUCUAAGGCGCGUCUCGGCGAGGCCGCGUCCUCGGGCAUCAUCCCGCUGCUCAAGCGCGUCAUCAACACCAAGUCGCCGCUCAAGCAGUUUGCCCUGCCCAUCCUGUGCGACCUCGCCAACGCCGGCAAGGAGUCGCGCCGCCUGCUGUGGCAGACCGACGGCAUGCGCCUCUACCUCGACCUCCUGGACGACCCAUACUGGCGCGUGAGCGCCCUCGAGGCCAUUCUCAACUGGAUGCAGGAUGAGACUGCCCGCGUCGAGGACAUUCUGCUUCAGCACCACUCGACCGACUCGCUCGCAAAGUGCUUUGUGCAGUCGUCUGGUGUGUCGUUUGAGAGCAUCCUCGACCCGUUCCUCAAGAUUCUCCGCAUGUCGGCGCCCCUCACUUCGGCCAUUUCCACCACGCCGUGCUUGCGCCGCCUCGCCGACGCACUGGAGCGUCCAGCCAAGGCCGUCACCAAGCUCAACCUGCUGCGUAUCACUCGCGCGGUCUGCGAAUCGCACCCCGACCGCCAGACGCUGGUGUCGCGUUUCUCCCUCGCGAGCAUCGUCGACAAGCUCGCAAAGCAGGACGAUGCCGUGCUCGUCCGCGAGCUCGCAAAGGAGAUCUACCCGUCGCUCCUGUUUGGCGGCGACCCCGUCCCGCAGGGCGACUCGCCCAAGCACAAGCGCGUCAUCAGCGGCCUGCGCCGCACUUCGAGCGACAGCGGGUCCGUCACGCCGCAGGCGGUGCUGUCCCAGUCGAUCGGACCGGGUGCCGUGCCAGCCUCGCUAUCGUCGUCGUCGACGUCGGCUUCGGCAGCCUCACGCUCGGCAAUCCGCAUCCCGAGCAUCAUGCGCCGCCCGACCACGUCUUCUCUGUCGUCCUCGCACUCGUCGCGCACGAGCCUCAUGGGCCCGCCAGCGGACACGACGCCGCUCAACUCGCGAGCAGUGACGCCAACGGCCGACGAAAAGCCAAAAUCCAAGCGCCGCAUCUCGCGCAGCCUUGUCAAGGAUGUGCAGUGGGAGGCUGGCGAGAACGGGCGUCUCCGCUCAGUGCUCCCCUCGCCCACACGGACAUACUUCUAGCCAACACACUCAUACACGUUUCCGCUUGUACCAUAUCCACUACUGCAAUGUGC